AACAUCGCAGCGCAUUCCUGGGUAGCCCUCAGCUGCCAGCAUCUGAUUAAAACCAUCUCUCUCGCUGUGAGUGGCUAACUAAACAGAAGGCUGGAGUGCGGCUGCGUCUAUUUAAGCGGAGUCGCCGGGGCUGCGCCUUCGCCGGCUCCAGUGGAAGCCGCAUGCGCCCAGCGGGUCGGGAAUAAGCCGGGUAAGUUGGCAAGUCAAAGUGGUAUGCUUGUCCUCUGACGAUCAGGAACUGGAUACCAGUUUUAUUAUUAAGCACAGUCUUUGUCUUUGGAGUUGAAGCUGGCCUCUCACCAUGUCAAGUGAAGCAGAAACAGCCAGUGUCAACAAUCAGCAGCAAACUGUCCAGCAGCAAACGCCACUCAAACCACAGCCUUCCAAAAAAGAGAAAAAGAAAGGACUGGAAAAGACAGAGGAAUUCCUUUUGGCCAGAUUUCAAGGUGAUGGGGUAAAGUACAAGGCCAAACUGAUCGGUAUUGAUGAUGUUCCAGAAGCAAGGGGAGACAAAAUGAGCCAGGAUUCAAUGAUGAAAUUAAAGGGAAUGGCAGUUGCAGCCCGCUCCCAAGGACAGCACAAGCAGAAAAUAUGGGUGAACAUCUCUCUUGCUGGAAUCAAAAUCAUAGAUGAAAAGACUGGGGUUAUUGAACAUGAGCAUCCAGUCAACAAAAUCUCCUUUAUUGCUCGAGAUGUGACGGACAACCGGGCCUUUGGCUAUGUGUGUGGGGGAGAAGGGCAGCACCAGUUCUUUGCCAUAAAAACUGCACAACAGGCUGAACCUCUAGUUGUAGAUCUGAAGGAUCUCUUCCAAGUAAUCUAUAAUAUAAAGAAAAAAGAAGAGGACGAUAAGAAGAAGAAUGAAGAGGCCAGUAAAACUGAGAAUGGUAAUGAUGAAGCAACUGCUGAUCAAGUUGGCAAAAUAAAGCUGGGUGUUGACCAGAUGGAUCUAUUUGGAGACAUGUCUACUCCUCCUGACCUCAACAGUCCCACAGAGGAGGAUAAAGAGAUCCUGUUAGUGGAUUUAAACUCUGAAAUUGAGGCCCCUCCAACUUCUCUCAAAGGGGAGGACCUUUUCUUGAACGACAUCUCGCCUUCCCUGCCAUUGCCAAAGCGACAGCCGCCUUUCUUGCCUGAAAACGCUUUUUCUGCACACCUGAGCUUCUUUCCCAUCCCCAGUCCUGACCCUUUCAGUGAUGACCCUUUCACGCAACCUGACCAAUUGGCACCCCCCUCCCUUGAUUCUUCUUUAAAACCUUCCAGUCAGAAGAUGGAGAACAGUGGUGUGAAUGGGGACGUAGACUACUUUGGGAAAGAGUUUGAUCAGAUUUCCAACCGGACUAGCAAGCAGGAAAUGCUGGCCAGCCAAUGGCUGCUCGAAAGUAAAUCAGCACAUUUAGUGGUGAAGACAUCCGACGGGGUCCCGGAGAGAGAACAGAAUGGUUUCGUGGCCAAAUCCCCCUUGAGUGUCUUUACAGAAAGCUCCACCAAAGGAACGCCUGUGCAAAAUGGGCUGCGGCUAGACUCUGAUAGCAACCUUCAGUCAAUGCCACAAGAUUCCAUCACAAUUAGUCCACCUCCACAAAGUACAAAGCCAGGAAGAGGAAGGAGGACUGUUCAGAACACAGCCAACGACUUGUUUGGUCCUGAUAUCUUUGCUGCUGGAUAUUCUGCAACAGGUAUUCUGACAGGGCAGCCUUCUGGUGUACAAACCAGUCCACUAGACCUCUUCAAAACCAACCCUUCUGCAGCAGCUCCCAUAUCUGGACUAGGUGGCCUGCCUACAUCAGCAUCCCCAACACCAGCAUGGGGUCCCCAGUCUGCAGUCUUCAGUCAGCCACCCCCAGUCUUUCCUGGAACUGCUCUGAGUGCUCAGCCAGUGAGCUUUUCACCACCUCUUGGUUUUGGUGCUCCUCAACAAGCACCUAAUUGGAGCCAGCCAGCAUCAUUGGCAGCUCCAGGCCAGGCUCCAGCUCCUGAUCUCUGGAGUCAGUCUGUGUGUGUUUCUCCAUCCAAUGCCUGGGCACAGCCUCCUACCAGUGGGAACCCUUUCCAUGUCAACAUGUUUCCACCUCCUCUAGCAUCUCACCCUCCAUCUAUGUUGUCCUCCAUGUCAUCUACUAGCUCUCCUCCUCAGUUGCCUCCUAGAACUGCACCACAAAAGGAGUGUGGUGUAAAAAAAGAAAGUGAUGCCUUUACUGCUUUGGAUCCUCUGGGUGACAAAGAGAUAAAAGAUGUAAAAGAGAUGUUCAAAGAUUUCCAACUGACGAAACCACCUGCUGUGCCUGCGAGGAGAGCAGAGCAGCAACAACCAGGGCCUCCAAAGCCUGUUCUGAGGCAAAAUGUUGGGUCCGUUAUUUCCAAGCCUGCUGAAGACCGCUUUGAAAAUCCUUUCAAGAUGGAUCCUUUUGCUGCUCCCUCACAAGGUUUAAUCACAGCUCAACAACAGCAGUUGUCUUCCACUCCUUGUAAUGAUCCUUUUGGAAAUCCAUUUGCAUAAAUUAGCCCACCAAUGCAAAUAGAGGACAAGUGUUGUGGAAGGCAGCUCUGAGAUGCUCCCAGGCACUCUCGUUUCUCUUAACCAGAAGUGGGUGCUAUUGGCAAAACUAUAACUGGAUUGUUGUGUCAAAAGGAUAUAAGGAACAACUGGACACUGAUCUUACUGUCUUCAGUCUGCAUUAUCUGCCUCAUUCUUCAACCUUUGGAUAGCUUACUUUGGAUUCCAAGUAAGACCUUGGAACUUCUUAAGCCAAGGAAGCAAUUUGCUUGAGACCUAACUGGAACUGGUGGUAAUUUUCUGCCCAUGUGGAUUGAAGAAAACAAGCACUCUAUGGUGUCUCCUAGUCCCUCACUUUCACUUUUCAUAAAUGCUUAAAAGCACUAAAAGUGAAAAAUGAAAGAGAAAUUAAUGGUUCUUUAUGGACAAAGCUACACAAAUUUGUACUCACUUCUGCACAAGGGAAGAUCAUGAUGUCAGCAGCACUGAGUUGCCAAGAACAUAAAAUAGUCAAGUGCUAUUGUAGACUUUUCCUAACAAUAUUAUUGCCAUUAAAAAAAAAACAACUUUCUAGCACUCUAUUUACUGCCCACCCAAAUGUCAAGGUGAAAGAAUAUUUGAAUUAUAAAAUGGGCGAAUAUUAUGUGACUCCUAACUGGUGAGUUCUAAAAAUGCAGUUGCUAGCUCUAAAUUAUGCCAGCUGAAACACCCUUGAUGGUAUCUUGUCCAAGAUAUCAAAGUACUGUUUCCUAGAACAUGUUUUGUUACGGAUUGGCCUCCGGCAAGUUUCUGUGCUAUGGAAUCAGUGCUGAGAAAAGGAUAGAUACAAAAGUGGAUAAGUGGGUUUUAAGAUCAGUUUUAAACUGGAAAGCAAUUGUACUUUGAACAACUAGUCUGAAAAAAAUGGCAUUCUUGCCCAGUAAGUUACGAUAUGGCUAGAAUUACUGGCAGGCUGAUAAUUCACCAUUUAAACAAGUGUAUUAAUAAGUUGGGCAAAGCUAUUGUAAGAACCAGGUGUCUCUCCAGUACAGCAUUUACCAAUAUAAACUUGAAAUAGUAUCCAUGUUUAAAUGUUUAGGUGAAUGCAACAUGGUGAUCUGCUUACUAGAAAAUACCAAGUCUAUAGUGAUCCAUUCAGCUCUGUAUAAUACUCUGUUGCACAUUCCUGUAAUGCAAAGCUAUCCAUGUAUGUGUUUGUCUCAGACUGAAAAUACAGAAACUUAUGGACUGUGUUACACUGUAAAAAGUAUUCCUCAGAUGUUCUGGCAAUUAAAUGUAACUUCAUUUCAAAUU